AUGUCCACGCUGACUGCUACUCACGAGAUGAUGAAAAGUGUGGUACAAACCUGCUAUGCUCGACAACUCGUGCAUUCAGCCGGCAGUACUGCGCCAACAAGAAUUGGCAAGGCUGUUCGCAGCUUUCGCCCGAAACAACAAACCAUGGACUCGAGAUCAAAGCCUGUGGAGGCAACAUUUUCUGCUAUCACCAGCCGAUGGAUACCUGCUGCACAAACGGGCCACUGUUCUUUGUCAAUCCAGAAACAGGCUGGGUUGCGAACGGGUCUGAGAGAGAUACCACUGCUUCUCCAACGUAUUGGCAGCCAUCUUACACGUCGGAACUCGCCCUAUUGA